CCAAAUCUCGGAGACACGGCAUGAUGCCAUUCUGAUGCAGGUUUUCGGCUUUCGUAUUGUAGUUUGUGAGUCAAGCCAAUGCACUACUGUCAGUUUGCAUUGGCGACGUGGUUGCAUGGCUGGCUUGUGAUAGCCCGAGCGUCACAAGGGGCAGCUACACAUGUUGUCUGUCUCUAUGCCCGGCGGCGUCACCUUUGGGCGUCAAUAGCUCGGUGCUCGCCAAUGGGCGACGCGGUCGGUGCCAGCUCUACGGGAUGGGCUUGCAUCAUUGAAACAUCAGCCGUGCAGCUUCCGAAAGACGAGUGACGAAAUGUGGAAAGUAUCGCAUCGGAUGGCGUGUAAACGGUGCCCAGAUCCGGACGCUGUAAUCGGACCUCAAGUUCGAAGGCAUGCACAGGAAGAUUGACAACAUUCGAAGGUAUAGGUACAUUCAGCUCUACAAGGCAGUACAGUGCUUCUUUCAGUAGAAAGCCUCAAGACAUCGUACUGGAGGGAUGCACUCAAGUUUAAGUC